ACCACCGUAUUGUCUGAUGGCGAUUGUCUCGCCGUCUGCUGAUCUUGUAGCGCUACUCACCUUCCUCAUCUGCCUCAUCCAUCGUUGCGGCGCAGGAGGCUAUGACGCCGAGCUCUACCACCCGGUAAUCUUGGUCCCUGGUUUCACUUGCCCCAACCUGGAGGCGCGGCUGACCAACGCCUACGCGCCGUCGCUGCCCCGCUGCGGCGAGCUCAAGGGGAAGGGGUGGUUCCCGCUGUGGAAAAACACCACAGACCUGGUCCGGCAGGACUACGUGCCGUGCUUCGAGGAGCAGAUGCGCCUCGUCUAUGAUCCCGUCCUCAACGACUACAGGAACUUUCCCGGCGUUGAGACGUGCGUGCCGGACUUCGGCUCCGCCCACGGGUUCACCUCCAAGAACGAUUCGAGCCGUAUCCCAACUUGUCUGGUAAGGGUCCGCGAAGAGCUUGAGUUGCUUGGGUAUCGUGAUGGUGAGACCCUUUUCGGAGCUCCCUACGACCCACGGCACGCUCCGCCGCUGCCGGGCCAGCCAUCUCAGGUGUACUCCGACUACUUUGCUCGUGUCAAGGACCUGGUGGAGCGUGCGAGCGAGAAGAAUCAAAACAAGCCGGUCAUCCUCGUUGCGCACAGCUUUGGUGGCAAGGUCAUCCUCGGGUUUGUCAACUGGACUCCCAUGGCAUGGAGGAAGAAAUUCAUCAAGCACCUGGUCCUCGUAUCGCCCACACCUCCGGAAGGUUUCCUGGGGGUACUCACGAGCCUCACCUCGGGACCGUCCUUCCUCGUCCCAUCGGUUCCACCGCUGCUUCUGCGUCAAAUGUGGAGAACCUUUGCGAGCACCCUUUUAUCCCUCCCAUCUCCCAUGGCAUUUGGUCACAGGCCAACCGUUAUCACCAACCACAAGAACUACUCGGCAUAUGACUACAAGGACCUCCUCCCGGCACUCGGUUUGAACACCGAGGUCGUGAAACGAGUGCUUUCGAUGCAGCUGAGAAUUGACCCACCGAUGGUGCCGACUACAUACCUCAACGGCGUCGGCGUCAAAACGCCGGAGCAGGUGGUGUACCGGGAGGGUAACUUCGACGUGGCUCCCGAGAAGGUAUACGGCGAUGGAGACGGGACCAUGAAUUUCUUUAGCGUGCUUGCGUUUGUGAAGGAGCUGAGUAGGCAACAACAAGCUAACAUACCCUUCAAGUUCGUGGCGAUUGCUAAUGCUACACACUCCGAUAUUGUUGUUCAGGAGCAUUCGCUCAAGAAGGUCAUGGAUGUAAUUCUAGAAGCAAAUCACUGAAGAGUCGUCGUAUGUUAUUGUGUGUUUUCCUUCAUAUUUUAAGGACGUUGAAAUCUGAUCAUGUAAUUGGGCAUUGCUUUUAAAAGGGGGGUCAUUCCAGCCUGCACAUCAAUUGAUGUAAUUGGACAUUGUUGUGGAAUAUGAUUUUCUUUUUGGGAA